UAUCGGGCGGCGCUGAAACCCUGGGACCACUGGAACCACUGGGACCACUGGGACUGGGAGCAUGAGCGCUGCUCUGAAAGAUGAAGGCAAUGCCUGCUUUAAGAAAGGUGACUAUGAAGCCGCAGUGAAAGCAUACACCGAGUCACUUGAACUUGAUCCAGCACAGCACCUUUGUUACAGCAAUCGAAGUGCCGCCUAUUUGAAGCUCCAUCACUCAGCGGAGGCCUUGGUUGAUGCACAGAAAUGUCUGGAGUUAGCACCAGACUUUGCCAAAGGUUACUCGAGACAAGCAGCUGCACUUCAGGAGCUCGAGCGCUGGGAGGAAGCCAUUGACAUCUGCGAAAAAGGCAUGGCGAAGUGCUCCAAGGCGGAUGCCGACACUUUGGGGAAGACCCUGGUGGAGGUGAAGAAUCGACAAUUCACGGCUCAGUUGCAGGGCAGUUGGCAUGGUAAAGUGACAGAACAAUUGGGAGGAUAUGAUCAGGAAAUGCAGUUCUUAGAUCACUGCCAAGUCCGAGUGCAGGUGCUGGGCAGAUCCAUCAUGGGUCAGUUCCGUGUUGAUGCCACCAAAGAUCCAAAGCAUCUUGACAUCCAAGUGACCAGUGAGGAAAUCCCACCAGGAUAUCCACCUCCUCCACCUGUGCCGUACAUCGCCAAAGUGGACCAGCAGGGAUUGCACCUGUGCUGCCCCUACAUGAAAAUGGAGAGACCGGAUCAUUUCGGAGGAGAAGGAUACUGCCUCAUGACCAAGGGAGUCAUGGAAAAUGCAAGCGAUGAGGCUAUCAAAAGGCUUAGCAAAGAGGAGCAGGUCUUCAUGUGUGCCAAGGAGGUGAUAGCAGCUUUUCUAGACAGAAAGUUUGAAGAAAUGAGUCAGCAAGACACCGAGGAGGCAACUCGAGAAAAGGUCAUGGCGCAGGUGAAGUUCGAGACUUCCAUCUACAAAGUUCAGCAGAAGUUUGGUGAGGAGCUGAUGAAAGAAGUCCUUGAUUCUGCCAAGCCUGGUGCUGUUGGUGUCAAGGGGUUAGCUGGCACCCCAGAGUUGGAAGAGCUCAAGGCGAAGAUUCAGAUGAUGGACGGUGGGGACCACACCGAGCCACCCGCCGCCCAGGCUGCCCAGGCUGCCCAGGCUGCCCAGGCUGCCCCAACCCCUGAAAUUCGUUCCACAGCAGCUGCCCGACCGCCAGAGCCCAAAGACCCUGCACCAUCAGGUGAUUCCGGCGAUUCCUUUCCCACUGCUCUGGUGGUCAGCAUAGCUGUUGCAGCAAUGGCGGUCCUCGGAGGAUUUUGGAUUUUGAAACGACGGCGUGAGUGAUGCUAGAACCGUGCCAGUGACCUUAGGUAGAGUCUAUUCUGACCCGUGUCGUAGAUUUUGUUUCAUGUCGAUGCUGCAAGCAAACCUGUCAAGAGUGCCAAAGGGGAAAACAA